GCAUCUAAUGGUCGGGAUGUAUGAAGAGAAAGCAAGGGUAGGGAAGUUGCUUUGUAAUUAACCCGGUACAACCAGAGCGGACAACUGACACAAACCUCGUUUUUUCCUUCACAAUUAGGGCCAGGACAAGAGCCAUGAGGAGGUUGUACUGACGCACUGUCACACAUCCUGGUGUGUGGUGAUUCCACCAAAACAGUACAGAUGAUAGACAACGGUCAUUUCCUGUCAUAUCUACCGACGGAAUCAAAAGAGAUGGGUAGUCCAGACAGUCUGAGUUAUGAUGUCAACACUCACCGUCUCUUGGUCGGAACACAGCUGGACAACAAAAAGUUGUAUGUCUACAGGUAUAUCACUAGAUAGGACAAUCUGACAGGCAGCAUAUAAGAAAAUACUAUAAAGAUGGAAAGCGCUACCGAAAAUCGUGAAUGCUGCCUCAUCCGGAAGUUUCGAGUGUCCUUACGACGCCAUCUUUUAUUCAUUCUGACUCUCUCGGCUGUCAUCGUUGGGUUUACAUUGGGCUUUUUAUUACGUCUGGCCGAACCGUCAUCAGAUGCACUACUAUGGCUGGGUAUGCCUGGGGAGCUAUUUUUACGUUUGUUGAAAAUGAUGAUCAUUCCUUUAUUGGUGUGCAGUGUCAUACACAGCACAGCAUCUUUGGACCCCAAGUCUAACGGCAAGAUUAGCGUUCUAACCUUCACCUAUAUAUUGCUUACUAAUAUGCUGGGCUGUCUGAUAGCGAUAGCGUUGUUCUACGUCAUCAAACCAGGUAGUGACAGCCCCCUAGUGGAAGGCAAACCAAACGUUUACGAGGCCGUCCCACAGGAUAUAUUUGCAGAUUUACUCAGAAACAUUUUUCCAGAUAAUGUGGUGGAGGCAACAUUUCGACAGACACAGACGAAAUAUUCCCGUGAAAUAGUCGAGCCAUUUCCAUUGGCUGAUAAUUCAACCCGACAGAACAUAUCAACCAAUCAACCAGCACCUGAGGUUGUUCAAAAGAUUGUAAAAUCUGUUGAAAAAACAGAUGGACCUAAUAUACUCGGUGUAGUCGUUGUUUGUAUGUUUUUGGGAACGGCUGCUGGCAGACUGGGAAAGAAAACCAAACCGUUUCUUGAGUUCUUUGCCGUUGGCAACGAUAUAGUUCUACACGUGCUCCGAUGGUUCCUUUGGAUGACACCACUUGGUGCAUGCAGUCUAAUCGCAAGCUCCAUAGCAGGUAACCGUGACGUCACAGGCACCUUCUCCAACCUGGGACUGUUUGUUCUGACUGUUACAUUAGGGAUUAUUCUUCACCAGAUGCUGUUUAUGCCCGUUAUCUAUUUUCUUACUAUAAGAAGGAACCCUUUUACAUUUUUUAUAACUGUUGGACGAGCCUGGUUGAUAGGAUUCGCUUCCGGCAGCUCAGCUGUAGCUAUUCCAGAAAUGUUUGAAGCUUGUGACAAAAAUAAUAUCGACAAGAGAGUCAGUCGAUUUGUCAUUCCCUUCUGUGCGACACUUAACGCUGAUGGCAGCGCCCUCUUUAUCACUGCCUCGGCCAUGUUUAUUGCCAGCAUUUCCGGUCACCCGCUGGCAUUUGGAAAAGUUGUAACUCUCUUUUUACUGACCGCAAUAUCUAGCCUCGCCCUGCCCGCUGUCCCUAGCGCCAGUAUCGUGGCCAUUAUCAUGGUUCUGACUUCACUCAGCAUUCCAGUUCAAGCUGUGUCCCUGCUGUUCGCCAUGGAAUGGUUCUUGGAUCGAAUCAGAACUGCUGCGAAUGUUUUAAGUCACACCUGCUGCGCAGCCAUUGCACAACGCUAUUGUGGACAGGAUCCCGGGACAACAAAAGAGCUGGAAAUGCUUGAACAGGAAAUUGAACUUGUUGUACAUGCACCAGAGACCCGUAAUUCUUAAGAUCCCGUAUUGCGCAAUUAAAAUAAACAUUUGACCGCAAGAUUAACAUGACAACGCAUCUCAAUACUUCUGAAUUUCAUGAUUGGAUAUGUGUAAUCAUAUGAAACUUCAUCUACUCUAAUUCUUAUUCACUUUGUGAAACACUGUUUAUUUACUGCUUAUUUAACACAUAAGUAGACAAUUAAAACAAAAUAUUUACUUUUGCAAGGAUUCACUCCUUCUAAGUACACGAAAUAUUCA